UCAUCUCAAAGUGUUUCCUAACAUAACCUUUCAUUCCGGAUCUGCCGCUUGCGGAGUUCGCGUGUCGGGGUGAGAGAGGUUGGCGAAAUUUCUUGCGUAUCUCUAAUCCUCAGUUCUACGAUUCUGCGAGUUUUGCAAAUAAUUGUAAAGCGAAUUUAAAGUCUGUUAUCUGUUUUUAAAAAAAUGUUUCGAUUACUCACUUCGCUGCGCGCACGAGGUGGAACGCUGAUUGCCACUGCAACCAGUUCGCUGGCGAGAACUGACAACACAUCGCUGGCGAGAGGUGUCCGUAAUUUCACAGUGAGCUCAAAAUUGUUCAACGAUGGGCCGCAAAUUCAGAAACCCGCUCCGGAUUUCUCCGGUACCGCGGUCGUUAAAGGUGACUUCAAGCAAAUCAAGUUGAGCGAUUAUAAAGGGAAAUACGUCGUUCUGUUUUUCUACCCGUUAGAUUUUACGUUUGUCUGCCCGACGGAGAUAAUCGCAUUUAGUGAACAGAUCUCAGAGUUCGAAGCUCUGAAUACACAAGUGAUCGGAGUGUCGACAGAUUCGCACUUUAGCCACUUGGCAUGGAUUAACACCCCGAGGAAGCAAGGUGGCCUUGGAGGAGAUUUGGGCUAUCCCCUUUUGAGUGAUUUCAACAAGGCCAUAGCGAACAAGUACAACGUUUUGUUGCAAGAUGCGGGAAUUGCUCUCAGAGGUCUUUUCAUCAUAGACACAAAGGGAGUUCUUCGACAGUUUUGCGUCAACGAUCUCCCGGUUGGCAGAAGCGUCGAAGAGACAUUGAGAUUGAUCAAGGCUUUCCAGUUUGUCGAGAAGCAUGGUGAGGUAUGUCCUGCAAACUGGCAGCCAAAUUCCAAAACUAUCAAACCAAAUCCGAAAGAUAGCAAACAAUAUUUUGAAUCGGUUAAUUAAGCAUGCAUUUAGGGCUUUUUUUCAAGGGAUAUAUACAGCUUAAUAGAUUAUAAUGUAAUAUAGCUAAAAAUAACUACGUCACAAUGUAGUAUAAUAUAAUUCUAAUAUAAUAAGAUCGAUAAUUGAUUAUAUAAAAUAAAUAAAAAAGGGAAAAGUA